AUGGAAGGCUUAAGUCCAGGAGCUUUUGGUAAUAAACCAGCUCCAUAUAUCUGGCAUAGAGACCCCGACAUCAGCAAUGAUUUGUUAUUAAGCUACGUUGGGAACCAUACGGUUCAUGACGGGGGCAUCAAGAUGGCAAAGUUCAAUGUGGACAGCACCGUCUACUAUUCAGAGCGGAUGAUUCGUGUACCAGACGAUGACGUUCAAAGCCUUUGCAUUGACUGUAUUCCCGAUUGGAGCGCGCGGGGGGAUACCGCUUUAUAA